GUUUCCGAGACCCACAGACACACACUCACAUCACAGCCGGCUGAAAUGAAGAAUCUUGAAACCAAAGAAAAUGCAGAUUAUAAGUUUGUUCGUAUUGUAGAUGCAUUAACUACACUAAAUCAAAAAGUGAAUCUCAUUGGUGUUGUCACUGAGACCAGUAUACCUAAACAGAGCAGAGGCACUGAUUAUUGUUGCACGCUGAAGAUUGUUGAUGAAUCACAUUCAAGCCCUGGGAUGUCCGUCAAUUUUUUUGCUGAAAUUCUUGAAAUGCUCCCAAAUGUUGCGUCAGCUGGUGACAUUAUUCAGCUUUCACGUGUUGUGAUUAAAAAUCACCGGUCUGGGAUUAACGCUCUUUUUGACAAGAAGUUUUCAUCCUUUGCCUUAUAUGAAGGAAAAGAUGGUUCAAAUUUCGUACCAUAUCAAACCUCGUCUAACUUUAAUGCUAAGAAGGAAAACCAGAAGUUUGUAGCACGUUUGAAAAACUGGAAAAUUGAUCAACCUGAGACAGCAUCAAGUGAUUUCUUGUCACUGAAAGAGGUCAAGCAAGGGAAGCACUUCAACUUGAUUUGUAAGAUUCUACAUAUAUCCGAAGUCACUGAAGGUGAGUGGAUGCUUUUUGUGUGGGAUGGAACCGAUGCUCCACCAGUUGAUGUUCACACAAAGCUGGAAGAAGAGCUUGAAAAUCCUAUCCCUCUUCAGUUAGAAGCAUCUGCAUUGUCAAGAGACAUAUUGUGUACAUUCCCAUCAGUUGGAACGGUCUUAAGGAUAACUGCUGGCAAAUGCAAUGGGAUGCUGGGUCUUCCCAUAUUGAAGGCUGGUACAUGGGUUCAAUUUAGGAAUAUAAGUUUUGAAAUUUGUUUUGGCUUAUGGUGCGGCAUUCUGAUGCCGAAGACUAGGUUGAGUAAUUUGCCCAAUGAUGAUAAUCUUGUAUUACAGUGCCAAAGGGCGUAUGAUGAACGGGUUCAAAACGAAUUGGGCCGAAUGCCAUUGUCAUGCUUCCCCUGGCCUUCUUAUGUAACAGAUACAGACUAUCAGCAGGUGCCUUUUGUUACGCUGAUGCACGUUCUUUCUUAUCGUGAGGUAACAGCCAAAUUCAGGUGUGUAGUUCGGGUACUGACAACACUCCCAGGUCACCCUCGAGAUUUCCGUGCUCCCUGUGGUACUUUCAGGCUUAGAGUUACCCUUGAAGAUCCUACAGCCAGAUUACAUGCAUAUUUAUAUGCUGAAGAUGGGGUGAAGUUUUUUGGAGGCGAUACGGUUCCUUCUAUUGAUACAAUGAUUAAAAUGCACAAUGCAUUGCUUGGAGUUGAAGAAGAAACAGAUCACUCAAAUGCAAAGCCAAGAAAUCCUCCAUGGGUGCAGUGCUGCUUAAAAUCUUACUAUGUUGACAAGAAUGACAUCUGGGGUAGUAGAAGAUUUCGGAUCUUUGGUACUACACUUAUCGGUUGAGUGGUUAGGUGUUGCCUUUACAUGUUUGUAUAAUUGAUGCUCUUCUUCUCUCAUGUGUUGUUGCGAUUUUAGGUUUAAUGGUCUUGCCCAUUUAUGUGGUGUAAUUGUGUAAAUAGUAUAACAGGGUAGGUAUUCAUAUGCCCUCAUUAGAUUUGGAAUUAGAAUCAACAUUGGAUUCAGAUUUUGAUUUUA